AUGUCUUCGAGUGAAAGAACCGGUUUAAUUGCAAGCUCUAGAAAUGGGAGCGAUCCAACAGGCCUCAGCUCCACGAAUAGUCCCAAGGACAAUAGUAGCGGCACCAACGGUAGUACCAGACUAGCGAUUCUCAUUGCAUAUCUCGGGGCAUUUCUUGCUAGCUCUGACGAGUCAGUCGUCAUCGCGACCUACGAUGUCAUUGCUUCCGAGUUCCAUGAACUCGCCAAAGGCCCAUGGCUAGUCACUGGCUACAAUCUGGGCUACUGCAUUGCAUUACCGAUUUAUGGCACAUUGGCAGAUGCAUGGGGGCGCAAGUUAUCCAUGCUUGUAGGAUACUCAUUCUUUGGCAUAGGCUGUCUUAUCAGCUCUAUCAGAGCAGCAUUGACUGGGUUGAUAGUAGGGCGAAUCGUCAGUGGCGUCGGCGCUGCUGGCAUGGCCAUCACAGUCUCGAUAAUCAUCACCGAUCUUGCUGCUCCGCGUGAUGUUGCCCUUUUGCGGAGCUAUACCAACGUUGUAGCUAUGAUCGGACGGGGCGUUGGGGCUCCAAUAGGUAGCAUCGUGGUCAAUUCACUUGGUUGGAGAUGGGCGUUUGCUGGUCGGUUGCCACUCAUUGUGCUCUGUUUGGUUCUGUCCCGAGUAUACUUCUCAGACCACCACAAAGAGACCGCCGAGCCCCAAACUUCCCACGGGUGUAAUAUCAAGCAACUUGAUUACCUGGGCAUUGCUACCUUUGCAACUGCGGUCGUGGCUCUGUUGAUGGCCAUCACAAUUGCAGGCCAGGAAGGCGGCAAGAUGUCCCACCUCUAUUUUUGGUUGGUGAUCUUCACACUUGCAGCAAUCUUCUUUACCUUGCACGAGAUUCUGUGGGCGAAAAGACCACUGGUGCCUCUUAAGCUGCCUACCAAGCUACUGAUCUUCAGCGGGAGAAAUGGGCUUGUUGCUACUAUAACUCAAUAUCUCACCCAAGUGAAGCGUCUUCCGGAGGCUACGGCUUCAAUGUACCUCGUUCUCAGCACGAUGGGACUUGCAGUCGGAACAAAACGGUACAGAACGCGAAGUCUUUACUCCGCUGUCAUCAGCAUCCUCUCAUCAAUACUCCUCUUUUUCGCUUGGCAUUUCGACCAUCCGGUCGUAGAGUCUUUGUUGGUGAUUCCCAUGAGUACGCCGAUUGGCAUCAUCACCUCCGGUGAUUUUAUCGGCAUGUCCAGUCGCCCGUCGCCAGAGGUCCUGGCGUCUUCGAUUGGAGCAUACUACCUCAGCCAGCAGCUGGGUUUGAUUGUGUGUGCAGCAAUGGGACCCUUGGUCGUGAGAACUGGGUUCAAGCACGACAUUGCCGGGGGGGCUGAACGAGUCAUCCGCAAUGUGCUUCGCGAUGCCAAGUACGUCGAUACCCUACCGGAAGAUAUACAGAGAGUAGUCCGUUCCUCCUUGGGCUACGGAUAUCAAUUCGUACCAGUACUUGCGACGGUCACUGUUGCUCUCUGUGUGUCCAGCCUGGUGUUGACGCGCGAACAAUCGGUGGAAUAA